AUGGCGAAAAAGCUUGACGACGCACUUUGGGCCUAUAUGACUGCAUUCAAAACACCUAUUGGUAUGUCACCAUACAAAUUGGUGUUUGGGAAGGCCUGUCACCUACCUGUGGAGCUAGAACAUCGAGCUUGGUGGACACUAAAGCAAUUGAACAUGAACCCUGAUGAAGCUGGAGAAACUCGACUAGCAAAGUUGCAUGAGUUGGAGGAAUUCAGAUAUCACGCCUUUGAAAGCACGAGACUCUACAAGGAGAGGAUGAAGAGAUUGCAUGACAAACACAUUGUGGACAAAAAUUUCAAACCUGGAGACAAGGUAUUAUUAUACAAUUCAAGGUUGAGAUUGUUUCCGGGUAAACUUAAGUCCCGAUGGUCUAGGACGUUCAAGAUGACCGAAGUGUUCCCGUCUGGGACUGUGGAGAUAACCAAUGAAGAUGGCACUAACACUUUCAAAGUUAAUGGACAACGACUAAAACUGUAUGUGGGGAUGGAGGAAACGAAAGAGUUUUCCGUAAUAAUUCUUGUUGAACCGCAAAGGUCGAGCGAGCCUUAA